AUGUCUCUAUGGUUCAUUGCAUUCUCCACUUUCAUAUUAUCUAUCUUAAUAUACCGUUUUCUGAAAUUUGCAACAAAAUCUUCUUCUUCUUCUUCACUACCACUUCCACCUGGACCAAAACCAUGGCCUAUAAUAGGUAACAUGCCACACUUGGGCCCUGCACCACACCAAUCUCUUGCAGCCUUGGCUGAAACAUAUGGCCCUUUGAUGCACCUCAAAUUAGGGUUUGUCGAUGUUGUCGUGGCCGCUUCCGCCACCGUGGCUGAACAAUUCUUGAAGGUUCACGACGCAAACUUUAGUAGCCGGCCACCGAACGCCGCAGCUAAAAAUAUGACUUAUAACUAUCAAGAUCUUGUGUUUGCUCCUUAUGGUCCAAGGUGGAGAUUGCUCCGCAAAAUUUCUUCCGUUCAUCUCUUUUCCAACAAAGUUAUGGCCGAAUUCCAACAUUUACGUGAGGAAGAGGCAGUAAGAUUGACAAAUAACUUGGCAAGUAACUAUUCUGACACAAAAGCUGUGAAAUUGGGACAAUUAUUGAAUAUAUGCACAACCAAUGCACUUGCUAGGGUUAUGUUAGGAAGAAGAGUAUUCAAUGAUGAGAAUGGUGGUAAUGAUCCUAAAGCUGAUGACUUCAAGGAUAUGAUUACUGAAUUGAUGGUGUUGGCGGGAGUUUUCAACAUUAGUGACUUUAUUCCUUCAUUGGAAUGGUUAGAUCUUCAAGGAGUUCAAGCUAAAAUGAAAAAGUUGCACAAAAAGUUUGAUGCAUUUUUAACCAAUAUUAUUGAAGAACAUGAUAAUUCCAAUUCUAAGAGUGAGAAACAUAAGGAUUUGUUGACUACUUUAUUGACACUUAGAGAUGAAGGAGAUGAUGAUGGAAAUAAACUUACUAAUAUUGAGAUCAAAGCACUCCUUUUGAACAUGUUUGCAGCUGGGACAGACACGUCAUCAAGCACCACAGAAUGGGCUAUUGCAGAAUUAAUCAAAAAUCCAAAAAUCUUAGCCCAAGUCCAACAAGAAUUGGACAAUGUUGUAGGCCGAGAAAGAAAUGUGAAAGAAGAGGAUAUACCUAACCUACCUUACUUACAAGCAGUGAUAAAAGAAACAUUUCGUUUGCAUCCAUCAACACCUCUUUCACUUCCAAGAAUUGCUUCCGAAAGUUGUGAGAUUUUUGGGUACCAUAUUCCAAAAGGUGCAACUGUUUUGGUUAAUGUAUGGGCCAUAGCUCGUGACCCAAAACAAUGGGAUGACCCAUUAAUGUUCAAGCCUGAAAGAUUCUUACCAAAUGGUGACAAGUGUGAUGUUGAUAUUAAGGGAAAUGAUUUUGAAGUUAUACCUUUUGGUGCUGGUCGAAGAAUUUGUGUUGGGAUGAAUCUUGGGCUUCGUAUGGUUCAGCUUUUAACUGCUACGUUGGCCCAUUCAUUUCAUUGGGAACUUGAGAAUGAACUUAAAGCUGAAAAGAUGAACAUGGAUGAAGCUUUUGGACUUACUCUUCAACGAGCUGUGCCAUUAUCUGUGUACCCUAAGCCUAGGCUCUCGCCUAAUGUGUAUUCAUCUUGUUUUUGA